CAACAAAUGAACGACCUUAGUAUGGAAGGCUUGAAGCAGGUCCUCCGUCAUCGCUGCAUAAAAUAACAACAUAUUUACUUACUCCAACGUACAGUUAAAUUUAGCAAACCCCCUCUCGUAACUUCACAACAUCACGUCACGCAUCUCACAACCGUCACAAUGCCUCAAUAUGUCAAGAAAUCAACAGGUUCAGCCGCCGGCUCAACCGCAGCCCAAGAAUCUGUCACCGCAACCGUCAAAUCCGUCAUCUCGGACAUUCGACUUAACGGGGACGCUGCUGUCCGCACCUACUCCGAGAAAUUCGACAAAUGGUCACCCGCUUCCUUCAAGCUCUCUCAAUCCGAAAUUGAGGAGAUUAUUGCAACAGUACCAGAGCAGACACUCAAAGAUAUCAAGGAAGUGCAAGCCAAUGUACGAGCUUUUGCCCAGGCUCAGAGGGAAAGUCUGAAGGAUUUUGAAAUUGAGAUUAGACCUGGAGUGCAUUUGGGACAGAAAAACAUCCCGAUUAAUGCUGUUGGAGCGUACAUCCCGGGAGGUCGUUACCCCCUCCUCGCAUCAGCGCACAUGACAAUCGUUACCGCCAAGGUCGCCGGUGUUCCCAACGUAAUCGCAUGCACUCCUCCCAUCGCUAGUCAAAUACCCUCUGCAACAGUAGCAGCGAUGCACUUCGCCGGUGCGGACAACAUCUACAUCCUAGGUGGUGUUCAAGCCGUGGCAGCUAUGGCAGUUGGUACUGAAUCCAUCCCAAAAGUCGACUUCAUCGCCGGACCUGGAAACGCCUAUGUAGCAGAUGCAAAACGACAGCUAUUCGGAGAAGUCGGCAUCGACCUCUUCGCCGGGCCAACAGAGAUCCUCAUCGUCGCCGACGAGGCCGCGGAUCCGUUCGCCAUUGCCACCGACCUGGUCUCCCAGGCGGAACACGGACCUGACACGCCCGCCGUGCUCAUCACGACCUCUUCCUCCGUGGGCCAAAAGUCAAUAGAAUACGUGAACCAGCUUUUGGAGAAGAGUAAUCUGAGUACAGCCGCCCUGGCGAAGACGAGCUGGGAUGCAUUCGGCGAGGUUGUGGUUGUGGAGAGUUUGGACGAGGCGUGGAAACUGGCGGAUGAGUACGCGAGUGAGCAUGUGCAGAUCUUUACGAAGGAGCCCCGCGAGGCGUUGAGGGAGAUGAGCAAUUAUGGAGCGCUGUUUUUGGGGGAGAGGACGUGUGUUAGUUUUGGGGAUAAGGUUAUUGGGACGAAUCAUGUGCUGCCUACGAGGAAGGCGAGUAGGUAUACAGGGGGGCUUUGGGUGGGCAAGUAUUUGAGGACGGUUACGUAUCAGGAGGUUAGUGAUGAGAAGGCGAGUGGUGAGCUUGGGAGACUUUGUGGGAGGGCGGCGAGGGCGGAACUGUUCGAGGGACAUGCGAGGAGUGGUGAUUUGAGAGCAAAUAGGUAUUUGGGGGAUAAGUUUGAGUGGAUUCAGUGAGGGUUUGGUCUUCUCUUUGCGAAGAAUAUUUAUUUGUUUGUAAUCAAUCUCAAAUAGUUUUCUCGUAUCCUAUGCCAGAAUGCCC